AUGACGACUGCCCAGCAGAAGCCCGAAUUGGAGUUGUUUGACCUCACAGCAGUAGUGACGUCAUGGGCACUGAACGCAUUCAUUGCCACUCGAACCAGAGCACAGCGGAAGGUCAAAAUUGACGACUUGGAGAUCAAAGUGAACUGGGAUGACGUGCAUUGUUGGAGUGAACCACCCCAGUUCUCUGACAGCAACACUGUGACACUGCCUAAAAGUCACUCUCUGUUCAGCACGAACUUUAGAAACAACACCGACAGUGAACAGGAAUAUAACUUUCGAACAGAACGAGCUACUAGGUCCGUAGCUGAGAUCGAAAUUUCCCAGGGAUUUACCUCAAGAAAAGAGAUCGGAAUUAAAUUACAAGUUCCAAAUCAAAUUUUGGAGGCCAGUGCCGGCUUCUCUCAUGAAAUCUCCUUGAACGAGACUUCUCGGCAAACGGUAGAGGAAGAGCUCAAUUGGGGCGUAGAUACCCGCAUAGUUGUUCCACCGCACAGCACUGCUGAGGCUGAUGUAAGUUAA